AUGGGUGUGUUUGUUUGAUCAAACCACAUAAGUAGAGGAGUCCUGCAUAUAAGACUGGAACUCCUAUUCAAAUCGUAGGUAAGGUAAGACAGCAGCACAACCAGAAGACAGACAAUAUUCAAAUCGUAGGUGAGGUAAUCCAGCAGCACAACAAGCAGACAGACAAGCAAAGAUUCCAGUGAAAUUUAAAGAUGGGGAAAACACAGAGUGUCCUAGAGAAGAAAGGAUACACUAUCCAGAAGGAGGUAGAGAAUGGUGUCAUCGCUACUGACAAACAUGGUGACCAGUUUGUCAUUAAAGAGAUCAAAUUGAAUGAGACAUCUGUCCUGAACUCCAGUGCUGGAGAUAUUGUCUCAGAGGUUGAAAGCCUCAAACAGAUUUGUCACCCCCACAUUGUAAGCUACAAAAACUCAUUUCUAGAGGAUAACUGCUACUAUAUAGUGACAGACCAUUGUGCAAAGGGAAAUCUCUCUCAGAAGAUACAAGAGCAGAUGACUAACCCUACAGAAGAGUACUCUGAGAAGAUUAUGGACUGGUUUGUCAAGAUCUGCAUGGCCCUGAAGCAUGUACAUGACCAGGGCCUUCUUCACAGAGAACUGAGACCCCAGAACAUACUUCUCACAGAAUUUGAAACACUUCGUUUGGGAGCGUUUGCAAUUGUCAAUGAUAAGACUACCAACGAGGAUGGAAUGGUGGGUUAUUUAGGCCCAGAGGUUCUAACUGGUGAAAUGUAUGACACCAAAGGUAGAAAAUAUUUUAGACACAUAUUUAAAUAUAUAUUCCUGGAAAAAUGUAAGAACAUUGAGGUAAUAAUUUACAAUUCCCCUAAUUGUUCAAGGUAACGUGAGAUGAGAAUGAAAUCACAAAAGCUAACAAAACAUUUGAUGCUAGGUAACCCCUCAUUUACUGUAACUUGAACCCUCUGUCACAAGGCCUACGAUGUGGCAUCAUAAAAUGACAUGAUAUAUGUCACAAGCCAUACGUUAGGUAAACCAGGCCAAUAAGAUGACCUAGACAAUAAUGAAAAUGUGAAGUAAGUUGACAUUUGCAGAGAUCUACUGACAUGGCUGUUACACCACACACAUACACACACACGCAUGUACGCACAUGCACACACAGUGUUACCAUAGGAUAUGUUUAUGAAACAUUUAUAGAGGCUUUAUAACAGGUGUAUAUGUGUAAAAAUAAGAGUGAGGGUUAUGCAGUGUAAAAUAAUAAUAAUUACAUGAGAAUUAAUGUACUUAUUUUCCAUCCUUUGCAGUGAUAUUUGGUCCUUGGGAUGUGUGCUGUAUGAGUUGUGUAUGCUUCAGGGUGCAUUCACUGCAGAGAACACAAUCAAGCUCAUCCCCCAAAUAUUGGGAGGUUCUUACCCAUCUCUACCAAAGAGCUUCUCACCGGAGAUUUGCGACCUCCUGUGUGACAUCUUCCAACAAGACCCAACCAUUAGGCCUUCAGCUGGUGAAAUCAUGGCGAAACCCUUCAUUAUCAGUUUCCUCACAAAAAAGAGUGAGAAAACUGUGGAGGAACUCCAGACAACCUUGUACAAGCUGAAAGCUCUGGCAGAUGGCUUGGAGAGUAUGCACAAAGGCACCACCAUAGGCAGUCUGACAGGAGGUGUUAUUGGGGCAGCUGGAGGAAUCACCUCUUUAGUCGGGCUCAUCCUGGCUCCCUUCACUUUGGGCGCCUCCCUGAUCAUCACUGGGGUUGGUGUUGGUGUGGCUGUCGCUGGUGGAGCCACAGCAGGAGUAUCCAACAUCACCAACAUGGUCAAUCAGUCCACCGACCGCCUAGCCAUCAAGAACAUCAUCAAAGAGUUCCAGGAGAAGAUGAAUUCUGUGGUCAUAUCUCUACAAGACAUCGCUGAGGGUUUGGAGACACUCAUGCAAAGUAGCUCUUCUCAGAUAGAAGGUGCCGGUUUAAAUGUAGAGGCCGCUGCUACUGCUGGGGCAAGGGCUGGGAAAGGUAUUGCGGGCACAAUAGAGCUCUUCAGACUACUCCGGGUGGCCAAUAUUGGCAAGGUGGCAGCCCAAACUGCCAGGGCAGUGCGUAUGGCAGAGGUGGCGACAGGAAUAUUUUCUGCUUUUUUUGUAGCGGUUGAUAUCUUCUUCAUUGCCAUGGAUGCCAAAGAGAUCCACAACAUCCGACAGGCGAAGGCAAAAGAACAGUCUGUUGAUACCAAUAAGUUAAAAGGGAUGGACACCGACUCCACCACUGAGCUGAACCCUGGAUGUGAAGAACCAAAGGCUGAGGUCAAGUCAGAGACCAUGAAGUUCAUCCAGACGAUCAGACAGACAGCUGAACAGCUACAGGAGAGCCUGGACGAACUGAGUGAUGUCAUCUCGUUCAUUCCUAACAUAGAGGAUUGUUACUUAGACGACUGACCUACUCAGUGAUUGUACGAGAUGCAUAAACAACAGAUCCAAUCAUACUUUAAAAUGCAACUUGUCUGCAAAAGACAGGCAUAGGCAGAUUUCCCUUUUUAUUCCCAGAACCUGACUUAAAUCCUUAAGACAUUGCUUGUACAACUCAGCUACGAUAACUAAGUGGUAAAGAUCAAUAUCACAGACGCCUCUACUUCUGAAACAUUUCAUUUUAUAUCAUAACCGUGUCAUGGAACUAUUCUAAUCAAAAGGAGAGACUUUAACAUUUCUUCAAAACAAGUCAACUUUAUUAUUUAAUUACUGCAGUAAUGGAGCUUGUCAACGAGCCCCCCCCCCCCUCACCGUAGGUGAUUCGUUGAGAGCCCAACCAGCAGGACUAAGCCACAGCAUUUUAUAGCAAAGUCCAUCCUCCUGGAUGUUCAUGACAAAUCACAGAUGUAUGGAAUGGGUCACAAGGUUAGGAUUCAUUUGAAAUAUACUAAUAAUUCACAGCAAACAGUAUCUGCUGUAAAGACUGUUCUCAUUGUGUAAAAACCAGAGUCUGGCCCCCAAGUCCAUACUGGAGCCAUCUCCCCCGGUACCCCAGUAGAGAAAUAUUAACUCAUGCUUUGGAAUGCGUUCUUGUUAGGCUUAUCACCCAAAGACAUCAUAAGCCUUCCGUCAGAAUUAAAUCUGCCAGAGGCCCACGUUCAGUUCACGCAGACACAGUUUUAAGAACCCUCUAUUCUGUUGCAUAAACAACCAUUUUCUGCAAUUACAGUAUUAUAACAUAAUCUUGCAAUUAUCUCCACCAUAACCGUCAGGAUGAUUUGAUCUGUAUAUUAUUUUCAUCAAACAAAUUGUAUUAAAAUAGUAAGCAACUGCCAAAUGAUUAUUGUCAAUCUAUUAAUACAUGAAGGUGCAUAAUGAUUGUAUAGAAUUAUAUUAAUAAAACAUUGACUGAUAUGAAACAUUAUACAUUAACGUUUCUUGGUGGUAAAAUUAUAAAGAUCAGUUAAUAAAAAAUAAAGUAUAUAAUGCACAAAA